GGCUUUCAGAUGCUGUGGUUGUGUCUGGGAGAAGGAUCGCAGCUCCAGGAUGAAGCAGUGUGUGGUUUUGGUGAUGAUGUUGGGGUGUUUUGGUGUCCACGGGGCCCCGGUGGAGAAUUUGACCCCUGGAUCCUGCCAAGAUGCAGUGGCGAAUGGAGCCGCCGCUGAAGCGCUGAAUAAAAUCAACCUGGACCGAAAAGAGGGCUACGUUUUAAGCCUGGACCGCCUCAGCAAUGCCUUUUACAUGAAGCAUGGUGAAACAGGGAUUGUCUUCUACCUCACGCUUGAUGUUUUGGAGACCAAGUGUCACGUCCUCAGCAAGAAACCCUGGAAAAGUUGUGAAAUCCGAAACCCUGAAGAGUACCCGGUCUAUGGACAGUGCAAGGCAGUUAUGUACAUGAACAGAGUUCACAGAGUGGCCCGGCUCUACAAAUACAGCUGCACCGUGAGGCCAGUGCCUGCUUCCAAAAUCAGAGAACGCUGCCCAGACUGCCCUACGCAGCUCUCUGGAGAUCAUGAAGAAGUCUUGAAGGCUGUGAAGAUGGGCAUGGAGAAAUACAACAACGAGAGCGGGCUGAAUAACUACUUUAUGCCUCUGAACAUUACAAAAGCUUCUGCUUCGCUUCACUUAGGAAGAUUCUUUACUGUGGAGUUCACCAUCCAGGAAACCGUCUGCUCCUCCAAAACCAAAGAUGCUGAUAUCUCGAAAUGUGAGCUGAUGGCGUGUGAAUUUGCGCACAAAGGAUUCUGCAAAGUGUCUCACACUGUGACCGUCACUAAAGAGGAGCACCUCAACAUUCAGUGUGAAAUCUUCGAACCAGAGGUGGCCGAAGAGGAAAAGAAAAAGCACUUGCUCGGAGGCGAAGUGGACCACAGCCACACAACAGGCUCGUCCACUGGACACGAUCACACCAAAACACACACACACGAGCACUCACACGAGCACACACACGAGCACGACCCCACCAAACCACACUCACACGAUCAUGACCAUGACCACACCAAACCACACUCACACAACCACACCCAUUCUCAUGACCAUGACCACGGACACACACACUCUCACGAUCAUGACCACGAACACACACACCACGCUAAAGCACAUGAGCACAACCAGGACGAGUGGGAGCACCAGCACCACCAGUACGGCCACAAAAAAGACGAAACCCACGAACACGACCACGAGAUCGUCCUGGACCACGAGCACAAGCACAGACACAUCCAUGAGCACGAGCACCAUCACCAUCACCACCAUGAAAAACCUCAUCAAACCAAAUCCAGGCGUCCUGAUGGGAUUUUCAAUGUCCUUCCUCCUGUGGAUAAACCCAUGACCCUUCCCUCGUUCCCUGACAAACCCGCAGCGGGACCCGAGCAACCAUCCACCCUCCCGCUCCUCCCUGAUCCCGAAAUCCCAGGACAGAAGGAACCCACCAUCCAAACAUUCCCCAGCAAAGCGUCCCCUGAGUGUCCCGCGCAGUCCAACAUCCAAAAUGGGAUCCUCAAGCAGAUCGUCAGCGAGGAUCCCCUGUUUAAACCUGCUGCGUAAAGAUCCGAUAUUUAAUGUACAGUGUGACAAAUGAUAUUGCAAAAGGUGCUAUUGUGAUGUGUGCAAUAAAGGCAUGUUUGGGA